UGGCUGUUGGUUUACUUUGAAAGUUUGCCGGAAGGUCUGUCUCGUCGAAGCUUCCGCUAAUAGAAUUAGCAAUGGAUCAGACCGAAAAUACGCCUUGGAGGCCACCUCGGGUAUGCUCUGACUACUGGAGCGAGUACAGACAUUGUAAAAGCUUUCUGAAUCGUUUCCAUUGUUAUUACACCUAUGGUACAUUACCAUCAUGCCCUCAGUGGUUGGAGGACUACAACAACUGCGUUGCGUGGGAGACACUCAAAGACGUCAAAGCUAAGGAAGCCUUGCAAAGGAGUGAACGGCACAGAGUGGCAGAGCAGAAAAAAUUCACUCCAGUGUGGCAACUUAGACAAGAGCCUCCAAAGGAUUGGAAUAUGCCCCUUAAUCAAGAGAAGCCUACGGACUCGUGAAACGUGCAUGAUUUAAACCAGUUGUCUCUGAACCAAACACCAGUGACUGAUUUCAUGGACAAAUAUUCAAAUAUGUUUUUGCUGCAUUCAGAAGAGACUGUUUGUUCUAUAACAAUAAUUGUUUUUUUUGUUGAGAUGUUUCCUGUUCAUUUACAGUACUUUGGCACAUACCUGAGUGUUGGGAGAUUUUAAAACCAACCUAACUAGCCAGGGAUUGACAGAGAUCAACUGGCAUUUGAAUAUGAAGACAAAUGUGUAUAAAUUUUGAAAUGUAACUGAAUGCAAAAAAAUAUUAAAUAACAAAAACACUACA